AUGUCGUUUACCAUAUUUGGCGAACUUCCUGUCGAGCUUCGAUGCCAAAUUUGGAAACAAGUGUGCCAUAUUACACGAGUCCUCGACCUUUGGCCGCAGUAUGAUGACAAGACUCACAAGAUCACUUUUCGGACCAGCAACCGGAAUCCUCCAGCUAUUCUAUACGUCUCGCAUGAGGCCCGCAUGGUUGGGUUGGAGAACUACAAGCCCUUCUUUGGAACCCACUUCAAAAGAACACUGGGCGGAGGGCCUCUCUAUCUCUCAGAAAAUCCAAACAUCUAUGUCAACUGGGCCUCUGACAUUAUGUGUCCCUUAAUCAAUCCAUGGAAUCAGGAACAUAUUGACGAGAUGGUCACCGAUUUUGUGCUAGCUCUCUUCAGCCGCUUGCCAUAUACUCGCAUUGCGAUCCAUAUGGAUGAGGCUAGACACUUUGAGAAGAUAUUUGGACAUGACCUGGCAUGGAGUGGACAACACAAAGAAAUCGUCAUCUAUUCAAUGGCUCGGCUAUGCUUUCAAGAAUUUCGUGUCGGCAAGCCGGGACAAGAUACUGGGAUAUUGAUGGUGAUUGAUGGUGACGAAGUUCCGCUACACUAUAUCACCACCCGACCCGACAGUGAAGUAGCUCUUUCAAACACGCGAAAGGGCAACGCAGUCGCAAUUCUCUACGCGCAGUAUGACUCGGUUCACGAUGGUGAGCGAGCUAUCCAUCCGAAGGAUGCCAAGAAUCUGAUCAAGAGCUUUUCACUCUCGCCGAAGGAAUUGAUGGCGUUGAACGACCGAAUCCAACAAUUCUCAAACAAAAUUGAUGGUCUCAGGAGAUGCCACGGUUGUGAUGAGCUGUCAGAUCGUCUGAAGAAAUGCCAUAGGUGUUCGAGUUUCUGGUAUUGCGACAGCGUCUGUCAAGGAGUUGCCUGGAACAAGAAGGGCCACAAACGUGAUUGCAAGCACCUUCGAGAUCCCGACUUGCGAAGUCUGUUCCUUGUCAAUUGGGACGUUUGUGAGGACGCACUUCGAUUCCCUCUUCACAUGUUUGUGCCUUCCGUGGACAUAAACAAGAAUGGUCUGACGGAUGAUAUGGCAGCAAUGAUGUUGUAGUGGACUACAAGGAUGGCUGUGUGGAAAUGUGUACAGUAGAAGUCGUCUAUUUGGCGCUCGCGCCUCAUCUAGAAAACGCGUUGUCUUUGUAAUGUAAAGGAUAGAAGCACGUAGGUUUGUAUUCCAUAGAACCUUCUUCGAAGUUGCUCUGUUCACUUGACGUGACCUUCUCACGUGAUGGGCUGUUGAAGACAUGGAUAUUCUUGGCCACCACACAACCAGUUCGAAGCAAAGUUCAAAGAUUCUGGAUCAUCAGGCACAGUCACACGUUGAAAGGUGCCGACAUACGGUUCGACCGAACAGUAUCAUCCGAAGUUCCUCUGCCAAUGUUUCCGACACUAGACGGCGUCUCGUACCACAUUUCCGAGCCCUUGGCAUCUCCACAUCUCAACCGCUGAUCCUAUCGACUUUGCACCCAAGAGUCUGGGCAUCAUCAACUUUCCCCUGAGAAUAUUGGCAGACGCGCAAUAAUGCCAUCUUGUAA